GUUUGUGAAGGUUGAAGGCGCCCCCUCGUGGAGAUCGGCUAGUGGGCGAUGAGCUUUGACAGGGGGAGGUGAUUUGGGCUUGAGCCUCGUUACAAAUCCUGGACGUCACUGACAGCCUUCUCGCUCUCCUCCCUGUUCCUCUUGACAACAACAUUAAUUGUUGUCAAUUGUGACCAUGAAGGCUUUAACUUUGCGACCGUUCCUACCCCGGUCAGCAAUUCGGAGGAGAUUAUGUACUUCCAGGAGCUAUGCAGUCCAAUCGCCAGGAUUACCGACUCUGCAAGUCUUCAACCGGCAUACAAAGUACCUGCAGAAAGAACGAGCAGCUGCAAAUACAGAGAGAAGCAGGCAGGUGGAUUAUUUGAAAGAUGAAGUGGCCAUGCGGCUGUCAGAGAGGCUUCUAGAUAUCAACAGACACUUCGACCAUGUCCUCGACCUCGGCGCAAAUUCAUGUAACAUUGCACGAGCUCUCACUCUCCCAGAUCCAUAUCCCGACCCAACGAAAGAAUCAACUCCAAUCUCUACUCGUCUCUCGAAGCUCACGGCAGUGGAUUCAUCACGAAAUAUGCUUUAUCGAGAUGUCGACUUACCUUUCAACAACGAGAUCAACCUCACACGCGAAGUGCUCGACGAUGAGGAAAGACUACCAUUUGAAUCGAAUACAUUCGAUGCCGUGCUGAGCUCGCUGAGCAUGCACUGGAUCAAUGACCUACCGUCACUACUGGCACAAAUAAAUAAUAUUUUGAAACCUGACGCUCCUUUUGUGGCAGCAAUGUUCGGAGGAGAUACCCUAUACGAAUUGCGGACAUCGCUGCAGUUGGCAGACCAGGAACGGAGAGGAGGAGUUUCGCCCCACGUGUCUCCUCUCGCAGAUGUUAGAGAUAUGGGUGGGCUGUUACAAAAGGCAGGGUUUAAAAUGUUGACCGUUGAUGUUGAUGAUAUUAUCGUCGAUUAUCCGGAUUCAUUCGCCCUGAUGCAAGAUCUACAAGCUAUGGGAGAGAACAAUGCAAUUCUCGGAAGAGAAGAUGGACCAAUCAAGAGAGAUGUUCUUCUGGCAAACGAGGGAAUUUACAGGGAACUUCAUGGCAACGUAGAUGGCUCACUGCCAGCUACAUUCAGGAUGAUUUACAUGAUCGGUUGGAAGGAGGGCCCGAACCAGUCAAAGCCAUUGGAAAGAGGGAGCGGAGAUAUCAAUAUCAAAGACAUAUUGGGUGGUGGGGAUGUUGGCUGAAAGCUAAUUCAGUUCAAAUUUAAAUAAAAGACUAAACACGGCCUUUUUCUGCGUUUCCAAGACGAUCAGCUGUGACAUAGCAGGAAUCGAGCCAUGCCUACCCGAAAUGUCAAGCACACCAGAGGCGAGAUUCUAUACAUUUCUCCAUCAGUCACAAAAUCAUCCGUGCUUAGCCAUUGACUUGUAGUUAGGCAUCUUGAUCCUCUAGAAAAGUCGGCGCGAAAAGUAUUUGGUAUUUGGGUAUCUCGAUAGCAUCAACAUCCACAUGCGGAAAGCAUGAGCUUCACGCACUCCCCUUACUUCCAUCAUUGCCUGUACACCCAAUCGAAACUCCUUUCCAUAUCCAAGACCAGUCUUGUAACCAACAAGAGAACCAGGAACCCACCAUAAUAACAAUAAACAUUAUCCCAGAGCCAAGUAUGUACGCAAUUCUCAAUUCAGCCAAGCCCAAGAGCCCACCACUCUGCCAAGCGACUCAUCCGCGAGUGUCGUAAACAUCUUGAUGCUCAAAUCCAGAUCUGUUGGCGCGCAUCCCAUACACUUAUCCACAACCAUCACAUCAACACUGCGAUUUCCUCCAACAGCCUCAUUGAAUCUCGUAAUCCGUAUCAUCUUCCCGCAUAGCGGAUUUUCAUUUGGAUUCGAACUGGUCAGCUGGGAAUCCCAGAGAGCGUGAGCCACUGCGCAAAUCGCAUCCGUAGGUUUAUUCUCGUAACCACAGGCGCCAAAGCCAGGCCCUGGGCUGUAGUAUGUCAAGUCUCCAUUGAAGACCCCACUGCUUGUCGGUAAUGGUAGGUUCUUUGUUUUCUUGCUUCUGAGGGAGGAGGAUUAGUCGGUUCUUUAGGAGCAAAGGAGAGUGGUACGCGAUGAAGGAGACCGGAAUUGAUCUGGAAAAUAGGAGGUUCGAGCGCAAUUGCUCGUACAAUGAUGAGCCAAAAGCUCUAAGGAAGAACUGCAGGAUGGAACCCAUCGAGGGUCAAGACUAACUUGUGUGAAAGACCUAGUCCGAGUGCUAAGCCGAGGAUAAGUGCAAUGAGGAGGACAAGCGCGACAAUUGUGAUUAUUAGAGUCUUGCGGCUUCGUUUUGCCCAGCGAGGCAGGAAACGAUCAGAGAAUGUGCGCUUCGCCGUCGUAGAACCUUCGCCUGGCGCUUCCUCCUUUGCGUACGCAUGUGGCGAUUGAGUAGUAAAUUUGCUGAAGCGACUCUUCUUGGGACCUGGCGCUUCCCAGUCUGGAAGCUGGUGUGUAUUCUCGUGGUCCGUCAUCGAAUAAUUGGAAUGUAGAAUUAGAAAUGUUAUUAUGUACUACGCAUUGCGAGUUGUAGGAUGUACAAAUGAGUGUGGGUGCAAGGUGCGAGGGGUGUUGGAGAUAGUGAGGAGAAGCAAGA